GAGGAGGGAGAAGACAAGGAGGAAACAAGAAAUAACAUAGAAACGAUUUAUUGGAUCAUUUCUAAACGUUUCUUUGUGGGUGUUUGGCAUUCUAAGAAUGACGUGAUUUUUUUUCCCUAUACAUGUUUCUGUUGGAGUUAGUGAAAUCUGUUUUCGAGUGCAUUGUGGAUAGGCUGGAUGUUUGAGUGGGGCGUCGUAAGAAGGGACAUUUGAUUUACCAUCGUGUUUUACAUUGAUAUGCAAUUUUUAUAUAUCAGAGCAGCAUAGGACAGUGUAUAGAGAAGCUCUGAACAACUAUAAUCUCUGGGUUGCUACGCAAAACAACGGAAUGUCGCUCUGUAAGCAGUGUCAGAACUGAAAAGAUUCCCAUAGCUGUUCAAAGUAUUUUUUCCGGAGACAUCGGUUUUGGACAGCAUGCUUGCACAAUAGGUUCAAAAGUGAAAUUUGGUAGGCUUUAAUACACAAGAAAAGAAGAGAUUGGGGCACAUAUUAUUAUACUGUUCAACACCGUUUGGAUAUGCAAAACCAACUUUGAGAAUGAAGAAAAGGAAAUGUGUGUUCCCGGUAGUUCACAUUGGUCUGUCUGUUUAGAAGGGAAUUUACGCAUUACAUAAACUUUUUUCAAUUUUUGUCGUCAAUUUAUACAUGUUUUUGGUCAGAAACUCACGUCACUUAUCCAAAAGACUGAGCUGGACAUAUUCUGACUAUUCUGCACUGAACAUAGUCUAUUUGAACAGAGCUGGACAAAUUGUGAGCUGGAGCAAAUAAUAGAAACUUAAUCGGAAAACUAAAGUGGAACAUUAUUUUACCGCAUUUAUAAAGUUAUCAGUUUCACUAUUACGUUGAGAAAAAAAUACAACUAAUAACAUUUUCAUUACGAUUUGGAUUUCAACACUGGUGGAAGUAUUGCUUCCAUUGCGCGCUGGAAGCAGCUGAAUUUUGCACACUGAGGCGGCUGUCGAAUUUGGUUGUGGAACUCUCCCCCCAAGCUGACAUGGAGGAGUGGAGGCAAUGCGGGCGGUGGUUGAUAGACUGCAAGGUUUUGCCCCCAAACCACCGGGUCGUGUGGCCUUCUGCAGCUGUGUUCGACUUGGCACAGGCGCUACGAGACGGAGUGCUCUUGUGCCAGAUGUUGCACAACCUGUCACCGGGGUCUGUGGACCUAAAGGAGAUCAACUUCAGACCCCAGAUGUCCCAGUUUCUCUGUCUGAAGAACAUCCGGACGUUCCUCAAGGUGUGCCACGACAAGUUUGGCCUGCGUAACAGUGAGCUGUUUGACCCCUUUGACCUGUUCGAUGUCAGGGAUUUCGGCAAGGUGAUCUCAGCCCUGUCCAGGAUCUCCCACCACAGCAUUGUGCAGAUCAAAGGCGUGAGGCCUUUUCCUUCGGAGGACACUGCUCUGAAUGAGGAUGACGUGUACCGGAGUCUUGAGGAGCUGGCAGAUGAGCAUGACGUGGGGGAGGAUGACAUCUACGACUGUGUUCCCUGUGAGGAUGAUGGAGAUGACAUCUACGAGGACAUCAUCAAGGUGGAAGUACGACAACCCAUGAUCAGAUACAUGCAGAAAAUGGGCAUGACAGAAGACGACAAGAGAAACUGCUGCUUAGUGGAGAUCCAGGAGACUGAGGCCAAGUACUACAAGACGCUGGAGGACAUUGAGAAGAAUUAUAUGAUUCCCCUGAAGCAAGUUCUAUGUCCACAAGACAUGGGGGCCAUCUUUGUAAAUCUGGAGGAUGUGAUUAAGGUCCACUUUGCUCUGCUGAGGGCCAUCGACCUCAACAUGGUGAGCGGAGGCAACGGUCUGGGGAAGAUCUUCAUAGACUUCAAGGAAAGGUUGCUGAUCUACGGCCAGUACUGCAGCCACAUGGAAACCUCUCAGAAGACACUGGAUGAGCUUAUCACCACGCGGGAGGACGUCAAGAUGAAAGUAGAGGAGUGCACUAUGAAGGUGCAGGAGGGGAAGUUCAAGCUCCAGGACCUGUUGGUCGUGCCCAUGCAGAGAGUACUAAAGUACCACCUCCUACUCAAGGAGCUGGUGAGUCAUUCAACUGACCGACCUGAUAGACAGCAGCUGAAGGAGGCGUUGGAGGCCAUGCAGGACUUGGCUAUGUACAUCAAUGAAGUGAAGAGAGACAACGAGACCUUGAAGAAGAUUAGUGAAUUCCAGAACUCCAUCGAGAACCUUCAGGUCAAACUGGAGGAGUAUGGCAGACCAAAGAUAGACGGAGAGCUCAAGGUGUCCUCCAUAGUUAACCGAACUAAGCAGGACCGGUACAUAUUCCUGUUCGAUAAAGUGGUCAUUGUGUGCAAGCGGAAAGGCUACUGCUAUGAACUGAAAGAGAUCAUUGAGCUGCAGUCAUACAAAAUGUCCGACGACCCCAUGAACAACAGGGACGUGAAGAAGUCCAGUGGAAAAAUGUGGUCCUAUGGCUUCUACCUGAUCCACCUGCAAGGCAAGCAGGGCUUUCAGUUCUUCUGUAAAACAGAGGACACCAAGAGGAAAUGGAUGGAGCAGUUUGAGAUGGCCAUGUCAAACAUCAAGCCGGAGAAAGCCACGGCCAAUCAGCACAACUUCCAGAUGCACACGUUUGAGAAGAACACCAACUGCCGAGCUUGCAAGAUGCUGCUGAGGGGGAUCUUCUACCAGGGGUACUACUGUUCCCGCUGUGGGACUGGAGCUCAUAAAGAGUGUCUAGAGUGCAUCACCAUCUGCAAAAUCAAUCCACUCGACACGGACCUCGGACUACCGUCAUCAGGCCCGAAGAUGGUAGCAGUAAGGAACUAUCAUGGGACGCCUGUUCCUCCGGGGAAGACUCCACUCUCCUUCCAGACAGGGGACUUCAUCGAGCUGCUGAAGGGGGAACCUGACACCACCUGGUGGGAGGGAAAGCUUAUCCAAACCCAGAAGAGUGGCUUCUUUCCUAACAACUGUGUAAAGCCUUGUUUGGACCCCAAGCCUUUGUUCCAGUCCUUCCCCAGCCGGCAGCCCUCAAGGGAAACAGACUACUAUGGAUACCCCUGGUUUGCUGGCAACAUGGAGCGGACACAGGCUGACAACCUGUUGAAGUCCCACAGCAGUGGAACAUACCUGAUCAGAGAGAGGACUGCUGAGGCAGAGAGGUUCGCCAUCAGCAUCAAGUUCAAUGAGGAAGUGAAGCACAUUAAAGUCAUUGAGAAAGACAGCUGGAUCCACAUCACUGAGGCUAAGAAGUUUGAGAGUCUACUGGAGUUGGUGGAGUACUAUCAGUCUCAUUCGCUGAAGGAGAGUUUCAAGCUGCUAGACACGACUUUACGAUAUCCCUACAAAUCUAAAGAACGGGGGCCGGCGUCGCGGGCCAGCACCCGCUCUCCAGCCAUUGGCGCUUCCUACAACUUCUCCUUCCUCAGUCCUCAGGGUCUAAACUUCUCCUCUCAGAGCUCAGCCCCCUUCUGGUCAGUAUUCACGCCGAGGGUGGUCAGCACAGCGGUGGCCAGGUACAACUUUGCAGCACGGGACAUGAGAGAGCUGUCUCUCAGAGAAGGGGACAUCGUCAAGAUCUACAGCAAGAUUGGAGGAGACCAGGGGUGGUGGAAGGGAGAGGCCAAUGACAGGAUUGGCUGGUUUCCCUCAACGUACGUUGACGAAGAAGGAGUUCAGUGAGGCUCUGAUGUCACCACGGCCCCAGUCCAAUCACGUCCCACCUCGCUCCACAGUCCUCAGAGAGGACUAGUUGGUUUCCAGGGAAACACCAUGUGGAAUACUUUUUGCUGGAUACUGAUUUUGCAGUGAACAACGUUUCUACUCCGGUUUUCUUCCUACUUGUACGCAUCGGCUUUGCUUAUGUUGUUUUUUUGUAAGAUCUUGUCCUGUUUGAUCUCUGUGAGGAAUUGUAUGGAGGCCCAACACACAGUACAUACAGAUACUGGGAACCUAUAGUUUUAUUACAUAGAUAGACUCCUCCUUUGUUGCAGGUCUAUGGGAGGGGCUAAUAUAAUGUAUAGAUAAUUUAUUUAACAGAGAUCCUAACAAUUAUUGUGUGUUGUUGAGAUUAGCAACACAGCAGACAGAAAGAAAAAGAACCAGACACAGGUUUGUGUCUUUUUGCCGGAAGAUUUUGCCUUAGUUGUCAUGGCGAUGCCUUGAAGGCUUACAGGAGAGAUGGAAGGAGAAAUGGCCUUGCGCGCGCACACACACACACACACACACACACACACACACACACACACACACACACACACACACACACACACACACACACACACACACACACACACACACACACACACACACACACACACACACACACACUUGCCCUUGCCUUUGAAGUGUGGUCAAUGCUCACAGGAUUCGCCAGCUUUCAGUCGAGCUCUACCCAUCCAUCCUCUACUACACAGUGGACUAUGGAUGGAGAAGAAGAGAGAAGGGGGCGAUGGACCAUUUGGGAUUGCUCCAGUCGUCAACACUCUAUGUGACUGGUGCAAGAAGGGAGUUAGUUCAUUCAUUCGUCCCCCUCGCCGACUUAAGACAGACAGUGGCCCUCAGAAACAUUGCACUGGAGUCGGGGAAUUAACGGUCCCUGUCGCAGCCAAAAAACACAGCGACCCACUGAAAGGUGUAAUGUUAGGUAGAAUGGGUGUACAGAUAGAAGGUUCACAUCAGUCUCAGCACUUUACGUCUGUGGGAUCUCCUCACAAUCAACAGGAUGCAAAAAGGGAAACUUUAAGUCAGUCCAACACCCACUUAAUGCACUGAAAAUCUAUCUUGGUGUUCAAUGUUUUUGUUGUUUUUAUUUUGUUUGAUUUUGAACGAGACAUUUACCUGCUGGAAACUGGACCAACCUGAAUUAUUUUCAAGCCAAAUGCCAACCUCUUUUUAUUAAUGUCCGCAUGAACUUUAACCUAGAUGUUUGUAUUAUCAGUUUGUUUGUACCUUGCCUUAUUUUACAAAUGGACACAUGGUACUGGGACCUUAGCAAGUUUACAAUUGAAAUCAAAUGUUGUUGAUUUGGUGACUGGCGAAGUAAUAUGGCA